AGGUGAAUAACAGCGGAUAACUAACAAUGGCGACAUCGGCAACUGUAACGGGGGGAACGGGUUCAGGCGGGCCAGCCGCUGGUCAGGCAGCCAGCGGUCCUUCAGUUGGUAGGAAGAAAGAUGGAGGACCAUCUUCGAAAUAUUGGGAGAGCGCUGAAACAGUCUCUCAGCUGGAGUCGGUUCGUCUUUGGAUUGGAAAGCACUACAAAAAGUAUGUCCAGGCUGACUCUCCUUCCAGCAAGUUCCUGGCGGGGCUAGUUGUCCAGCUGCUGCAGUUCCAGGAGGAUGCGUUUGGCAGAAGAGUCAACAACCCAGCCCUCACCAAACUGCCUGCAAAGAGCUUCCUGGACUUCAAACCAGGGGGGGCAUUAUGUCACAUCCUGGGCUCUGCAUACAAGUUCAAGAGCGAGCAAGGAUGGCGCCGCUUCGACCUGCAGAACCCCUCCAGGAUGGACAGGAACGUCGAGAUGUUCAUGAACGUGGAGAAGACCCUGGUGCAGAACAACUGUCUGACGCGACCAAUUGUUUAUCUGGUCCCAGAAAUGGAGCAGAAACAGGCCAACAAACUCAAGGACAUUAUAAAGAGGCACCAGGGCUCGAUCACUGAGGACAAGUCCAAAGCCACACAUCACAUCUACCCCUCCCCGGCCCAGCUUGAAGAAGAAGAGUGGCUCCGCCCUGUCAUGCGGAAGGACAAACAGGUGCUGGUGCACUGGGGCAUGUACCCUGACAGCUAUGAUACGUGGGUGUCUGCCAGCGAUGUGGAGGGCGACAUAGAGGAGCCACCAAACCCAGAGAAACCCUGGAAGGUUCAUGCUAAGUGGGUCCUUGACACGGAUGCCUUCAAUGAGUGGAUGAAUGAGGAGGACUAUGAGGUGGACGAGAACAAGAAGCCAGUGAGUUUCCGCCAGCGGAUCUUCCCGCGGGAGGAAGAGUCUUCCCGUACACCCGAUCGCAAGGACCGCAAGGCGGCCGCCGCGGGAAAGAAGAGGAGGCGCUCGCCGUCCCCGCCGGCCACGCCCGCAGAGUCCCGCAAGAAGGGGGGCAAAAAUCGGAACCCCGGGCCAUACUGGAAGCGCAGAGGGCACCGCGAAGAGGAGGAGCCAGAGGAGGACCUGACUAAGGACAUGGAGGACCCCACACCUGUGCCCAACAUGGAGGAGGUCACCCUGCCCAAGAAUGUGAACCCCAAGAAAGACAGCGAAAACACUCCUGUGAAGGGCGGCACAGUGGCUGAUCUGGACGAACAAGAGGACGACUCCAUGCUCUCUGGAGGCAAGGAGGAGGAGGAGCUGGGAAAGGCUGACGUGAACCGCCUGGUGGACUCAGGCGAAGACAAUGUGACGGAGCAGACCCACCACAUCAUCAUUCCCAGCUACGCUGCCUGGUUCGACUAUAACUGCAUCCAUGAGAUCGAGAGACGAGCACUGCCGGAGUUCUUCAACGGCAAGAACAAGUCCAAGACCCCCGAGAUAUACCUGGCCUACCGGAACUUCAUGAUCGACACAUACCGCUUGAACCCUCAGGAGUACCUGACCUCCACAUCCUGCCGCAGGAACCUGACUGGGGAUGUGUGUGCCGUAAUGAGAGUGCAUGCCUUCCUGGAGCAGUGGGGACUGGUGAAUUACCAGGUGGAUGCGGAGAGUCGGCCCCUCCCCAUGGGACCCCCACCCACCCCCCAUUUCAAUGUGCUGGCAGACACCCCCUCUGGCCUGGUACCGCUCCACCACCGCCCUCCGCAGAUCCCAGCUUCUCAGCAGAUGUUGAACUUCCCAGAGAAGAGCAAAGACAAGCCAACCGACCUCCAGAACUUUGGCCUGCGCACUGACAUCUAUUCCAAGAAGAACCCUAAGAGUAAAGGUGCCAGCGCUGGCAGGGAAUGGACUGAGCAGGAGACUCUGCUGCUGCUGGAGGCCCUGGAGAUGUACAAGGACGACUGGAACAAGGUGUCGGAGCACGUGGGCAGCCGCACGCAGGACGAGUGCAUCCUGCACUUCCUGCGGCUGCCCAUCGAGGACCCCUACCUGGAGAACUCGGACGCCUCCCUGGGCCCGCUGGCCUACCAGCCCGUCCCCUUCAGCCAAUCCGGAAACCCGGUCAUGAGCACGGUGGCCUUCCUGGCCUCUGUGGUUGACCCUCGCGUGGCCGCCGCCGCCGCCAAGGCUGCACUCGAGGAGUUCUCGCGGGUGAGAGAAGAGGUCCCGGCGGAGCUGGUGGAGGCCCAUGUGAAGAAGGUGCAGGAAGCGGCACGCAGCACAGGCAGAGUGGAUCCCGCCUUCGGCCUGGAGAGCAGUGGCAUCGCGGGCACUGCCCCAGAAGAGCCUGAGAAGACUGACUCAUCAGAGGGGGAGAAGAUGGACACAGACAGUGAGUCCCAGCCGGCUGAUCGGGCUGAGUCCAAGGAUGAGGCAGAGAAGCCCGGCGAGUCGGCGGAGAGGCCGGCGGAGGGGGAGAGGGUGAAGAACGAGACGGCCGAGCAGGCGGACAGGGAGGAGGCGGAGAGCGAGGGAGGAGAGGAGGCCAAGGCGGGAGAUAAGGACAGGGAGGAGGCGAUGGACACAGCUGAAGGCCCCAAGGAGGCGGAGGGAGAGGAGGGCAAGAAGAAGCUCGAACACGACGUCGGAGAGGGGAACAUCGCUACUGCGGCCGCUGCUGCCCUGGCGUCCGCUGCCACUAAGGCCAAGCACUUGGCGGCAGUGGAGGAGAGGAAGAUCAAGUCUCUGGUGGCCCUUCUGGUGGAGACGCAGAUGAAGAAGCUGGAGAUCAAGCUGAGGCACUUUGAGGAGCUGGAGACCAUUAUGGACCGGGAGAAGGAAGCGCUGGAGCUGCAGAGGCAGCAGCUGCUGACGGAGCGGCAGGCCUUCCACAUGGAGCAGCUGAAGUAUGCCGAGAUGAAGGCCCGCCAGCAGAUGGAGCAGCAGCAGGCCGCCGCCGCCGCCGCCCAGAACCCCAGCGGCCACCACGGCCCCCCGCCGGGCAUGCACGGCCACCCCGCCCCCGGAUACCCCCCCAUGCACCACCCCAUGGGCCCGCACCACCCCCCACAGACAGGUGAGCGCCACACAAACGCACCCUCAGGCCCCGGCCAGCCCAUGCCAGGGCGCAUGAUGCCUGGCCCUCCGCCCGGCGGACAGCCUCAACCAAACAUGCCCCCCAUGAUGGGACCCAGGCACCCUGGAGCCCCCAACGGCAUGUACCCCGGCCCUCCUCCUGCACAGCCUGAUGGGAUGCCUCCUGCCCCUGUUGGACCUCCACCAUCCCGUGUGGCUGAUAACUAAGACCCUCCACACAGACAGACACACACACACACACACACACACACUCACGCACACCUCUGGGACCUUCCAAAACAUCAAACCAAACACUCGUCUUAUUCAGACCUGUAACAUGUACAGACACAGGCAUUCCUCACCAGUGCCUGACCAACCCCUAAUCCUCCUGCUGCCGCCUCCAACCCCAGCAUCCCUCUUGUGAGUGCAGUCUGUGGCAGGGUGUUUUUACCUGUACCAGAAUUUAUUUUCCCCACCCCUCAGGCCUCGCACCAAAAUGCACACACCUAUAGGAAAAAAACACGCUCACACACACAGCUCUACAGGGAAAAGCUGACGCGUGCACAUACACACAUGCCCCUUACAUGGAAAACCGUACACAGACACACAUGCCAUUAACAGACAGGGCAAUUGCCCAGGAGCUUGGUUCCUGAUAAGCAUUAGCAGGCAGCUGAGAGGACGCCACGGUUCGGCCGUCUCUUAUCUAGUACUGACACUGGUUGUAUGUUAGUCUCAUGGGAGGAAGACAGGGGGCGCUAUAGAGAAUGGCAGCACCGAGAGCCUCCUGAUAGGUCCAGACAGCAUGGACAAGAGUCUGUUUUCCCUGAAAUGUGACACACGUGUACAUUGUUUCCUGUGUGAUGUGAACAGGAUUGUCAGAGAGCACAUAAGCUAUAGGACUCAACAGUGAUCAAGCUCAGGGUUGAGGUGCCAGUCAGACUGUGAGCGCUCGCCUCUGUACCUCUCGCUGAUGCCCCCCGCCCCCCCCCAGCCACCACAUGGCGCUGUAACAAUGGGAUACCUCCCGUCACGUCUCUCCCUGCCUUACACUCGCCCACAUCUGUACUGUGCCUGUCUACUUUGGUGAGAGCCGAGGCGGAGCCGUGCACGACGUCACAGCGGGUGCUGAUCGUGAGCCCCCCUCCUUCCUACUCUCCUCAGAAGAAUCUACCUCUGCUCCCGGCACUCCCUCGUCAGUUAGUGCUGCGUGUGUGUGUGUGUGUGUGUGCGUGCUUGUGCAUUCUGGAUUGCUCUGGGCAGGGAUCAGCACCUGCCCCCCCGGAGAUCAUGGUGGGGGGGUGUGGGUUGCAGCAGACGCCUCGGCGGAAUCAGCACUGGAGGGAAAGGGGGUCAGUGGAGUAGCUGCUGUAGAGCAUCGUGUGCUUUUCCCUCGGUAACUUGUGUGUCUGUGUCUCCUCUGCCGAAGCACAGAGGACAGCGGUAGCAAAGAUAGAUAUAUAUUUUUUUUUGGGUUUCCAGAUCUUCCCUGUAGCCUCUUCUUCCUGUGUAUGCCACGGAUGUCCACAUAUACCUCUUGCAAAGGACUGUGAGUGUAGCUUUCCUCUGGUGUAGCUAGUCAGGUGCGGUCCGGGAGUGUGGGGACGGUUACAGCCCACACACCAGAACGUGCAGACGCACACACAAACACAAACACACACACACACACACCCAUUUGAACACUGUUUCAGCUUGUACAGGAGACAGGCCAUGCACUUCCCCCCAUCUCUCUCUUUCUGUAUCCCCAGACUAGAGGUGGAGAAUCUCAGCUCCGCUCCCCUGGUGGCGUUUGGUUUCUUUAAUGCUCUUUCCCUCCCUCUCCAUCUGUAUAACACCUUUCUGGUGUUGAUAUAGUAGCUGGCGAUGCCUCUCCUCUCUUGCCCUCCCCCUCUAUUAACUGUCUGUGACUGCUGUUUAGAGGCUGCCUGUCCUCAGGUUAAUUACUAUGCCCCUCCCCCACCACCCCAACAUAGUCCACCCUGCUCCUCAGCCCUCCCCCAACAGCUUCUCACUCAACCUUUCCCAGGAUAUUUUAUCACAGGUGAUGGGAACCAAAACUGCAUUGCCCUAU